AUUAAACCAAAUCAAUAUUGCAGAAUUACAGAAUAUGUUCUAAGAAAAGCAAAAGAAAAAGGCACUUAUAAUCAGUAUAAUUAUUUAGAAGUUGGAAAGCAAUUGUGCUAUCCUCAUUAUCUUAAGAUUGUUGAACCUAAUCAUAAUAAUGGAUCAUUAGCUGAUAAUAAUAAGCAAGAUUAUAUAAUCAUUAAAAAACCAUUAUCAUUUGGAAAAAAAAUUUCUUUAAUGACUAGAGUGUUAUAUGAAAAACAAAGAAUUGAAUAUAACAUACUAGAAUUAAUUUCAAAUCAUUUUCAAACAAUACUUAAGAAUGCUGAACCAUAA